AUGAACGCCCUGCCCUCUGUCCUCGGCAUGGAAACUCUACAUGUGCAAGCGACUGUCAUUUUCAAUAGAUUAGACUGUUGUGUCGUACCAAACAACGAGAUUGCCGCCGUUUCGUUGAAGGUAGUCAAUUCUAAAGAAGCUUUAUACACUUACGAUUCAUUGAUCUAUUAUGCCAUGAAGGAAUCAGCGGCAUCACAACAUGCUACGAUGACAGCUAUGGACGGCGCUUCUAAGAAUGCUGGUACUCGUUUUCGAACGAUGAAGUUUGUAUAUUUGAGGGAAACUAGCAUGAUAAGCACGAGUUUGAAGUUCAUUCAAAAAAGAACAAAUAGUCUGCUUUGGAAUGCUGUGGACACCUGUGCUUCGGAGAUACCUAGUUUUAGUUGA